AAAAGAGAAAGAAGAGAGAGAGAGCCACAGAGUUUGUAAAAAUUGGGGCAUUAGGGUUAGAGAAAAAUUGGGCAAAUUCAUUCUGAUUUGAUUUGAUAAUUUGCUGUUUUCAUAUCUCUGUUUCUCUAUCUGUGUAUCAAUGAAAAAGGGUGAUUUUUAAUUUGGAUCAACAAGGUCAAAAAAUUAUGGAAUUUUUCGAAAGGAAAAAGAUGAGAUCUUCAACAGACGAUGCUUCAACUUCUUCAAAACCUGCUGAAAUUCCCGCACAGAUUCAUCGAGGUAAGAAUGUUUUUCAAUUAUUAGCACAAAGGGAGAUUAACCCUCGAUCGAAACAUUCAUCGAAAAGGCUCUGGGUAGGAGAUACUAGAAAUUAUGAUGAAAUUGGGUUAAAUUGUGAAUUCAUGGAUGCCAAACAUGGUUUAGCUUCAUGGGCAGAGGCAGAAUCAUUAAAACAUAUAUCUGCAAAAUAUUGUCCUUUGGUACCUCCUCCAAGGUCGACCAUAGCAGCAGCUUUUAGUCCUGAUGGUAAAACGCUUGCAUCUACCCAUGGGGAUCAUACAGUCAAGAUAAUUGAUUAUCAGUCUGGGAAUUGUUUGAAGGUGUUGAGCGGUCACCGAAGAACGCCGUGGGUGGUGAGGUUUCAUCCAGUGAAUCCAAAGGUACUUGCAAGUGGAAGCUUGGAUCAUGAGGUUCGCUUGUGGGAUGCAAGUACUGCAGAGUGUUUAGGUUCGCGUAAUUUUUCGCGCCCGAUUGCGUCUAUUGCUUUCCAUGCUGAUGGCGAGCUGCUGGCUGUAGCUUCAGGUCACAAGUUGCACAUAUGGCGCUAUGAUAGGAGAGGUGAGGGAUCUCAACCAGUUAUUGUAUUGAAGACAAGGCGGUCGCUUCGGGCUGUGCAUUUUCACCCGAAUGCUGCUCCAUUACUUUUAACUGCGGAGGUCAGUGAUCUGGACUCUUCAGAUUCUCCAAUGUCACUGGCAACAUCUCUGGAGGAAGGAAGAACAUCUUCGCAGCAUGGGAAUGGAUCUUUUGGUUUUAUUAAUUUGCAGCAAAUGGUUGACUCUUCUGCUUCAUUGCAGCCUCAAAUAGAUGUGAAUACAGGGACUGGGGAUGACUAUUUGGUGGCUCCCAUGGAUGAAUCUCCGAUGAUACCUUCAAGCUCGUAUAAUGCACCGGAAGACUCGUCAAGCAAUAAUUUGUCAAGUGAGAUGGAAUCUGCAGUCCCUGACUCUGACGCUAUGGAAUUGGAGACCACUGAAGGGCAGCCUAUAGGUAAUGCUCAUCAAAAUAACUCUCCCGUCUUAGAUUUGUCACAUGGUAGAAACGUAGUCCAAACUUCCACUGGGCAAUCUAGGGAAAACUUGGAACUCGCACCUGGAAUCUAUCUUUCAAACCCAGCUGGGCUACAUAUGCUUUCACAGAGUGGUGAAGUUGCGCAAAUGCAUCAGUUUUUUCCUUUUGGGGACUCCAGGUUUUGGGAGUUACCUUUCCUGCAAGGGUGGUUAAUGGGCCAAAGCCAAGCUGGGUUACAUCCUAUGCUCUCUUUAAACGGUGCGCUCCAUGAAAACUCGGCUGGAUUUCUUCGUUCUAUUGGGUCUUACAACUUGGCACCUAAUUUGGCUACUCGUAAUGUGGACCCAUCAGUAUUAACUGAUGUCAAUCAUCCUCGAAUAGGUGGACGAUCGAGUCUACACAAUCGUUCAUUGGGUUUUCGUGCUGGGGCAUUAUCUGGGUCUGGAGAAGGUGCCCCUUUCAUUAAUAUCAGAAGCAACGAAAUUGGUCCUCAAUCGGCGGUUGCUGGGACUGAGACUGCACUUGCGACAUCACUGGCUGCAGCUGUUGCUUCUGCCGAGUUACCUUGCACUGUGAAGCUUAGAAUUUGGGCACAUGAUAUCAAAGAUCCUUGUGCAGUACUUGAUGCAGGGAAAUGUCGCUUAAUUAUACCACAUGUUGUUCUUUGUAGUGAAAUGGGUGCCCACUUUUCACCUUGUGGGAGGUUUUUAGCAGCAUGUGUCGCAUGUACGCUUCCUCAGAUGGAAACUGGAUUGCAAUCGCACAUGAACCAUGAAUCUGGCGCCUCAACAUCCCCUACAAGACACCCAAUUUCAGCUCAUCAAGUUAUGUACGAGCUUCGGAUAUAUUCCCUAGAGGAAGCAACCUUCGGUCAGGUGCUUGCAUCAUGCGCAAUAAGAGCCGCUCAUUGUUUGACUUCAAUUCAGUUCUCUCCAACAUCAGAUCACAUAUUGCUGGCCUAUGGUAGAAGGCAUGGCUCACUUCUUAGAAGCCUUGUCAUUGAUGCAGAGACAACAAUGCCUAUCUAUACAAUUUUAGAGGUAUAUAGAAUAUCAGAUAUGAAGCUUGUGAGACUACUUCCAAGUGCAGAAGAUGAAGUUAAUGUAGCAUGCUUUCAUCCUUUGGUUGGAGGAGGUCUUGUUUACGGAACAAAGGAAGGGAAACUUAGGAUCCUUCAAUGUGAUAGUUCUUCUGGUACAAAUUGUACAGGACCAAAUUUUCUCCUUGAAGAGAACAUGCUUGAGGUCCCAACACAUACAAUUUAGAAGGCUAAGCGUUGGUGUCGGCUUCUUUUUUUGUGGGAGGUCAAUGCUCUUCUUGAUCGGAACACAGGGAAUGCAGGUUGAACAAAUAUUAUUUGGCAUAGGCGUGAAUCAAGAACAAGUACGACAUCACCCCUGCUCGUGUUGUUUCAGUAGUUGCACUUUGUAAACUGUAACAUAUUAUAGUGUUUCAAGGUUAAAAUUGCUUUUCCCACUGAAGAUCUUUUUAACUGUCAAAUCUCAAUUAGAUUAGAUUUUUCUUUUUUGUUCAAUGGGGUGUACUUUCUCUUUGUAGGAAAAAUGAGAGGGACUAUGGGUGAUAUUUUGCACUUGCCUUGUUGGAAUCCCUUGAGCUUCUUUCUCCUCUUUUCAUACCUGUUUGUAAUUUUGUUUGAGAUGAAACACAAGAUGAUUGUAUUUGUUGUGAAAAAUGUCAAAUGUAAUCUUUAGAGGAGAAGGGUAAAAGCUAUGAAUUAAUGUAAUGGAAGUUUGUCAACUGAAAUGCAAUCAUAUUUUCAGA